UCACUCAGUAGUUAAGCUAACAACGCGCUAGAACGAUGGCCGCACUUCCACCACGAAAAAAUCCAACACCGACGAAAAUAUCCAAACAACAUCUAACGCCGUUGCAAAUUUUGCUCCAGAUGGGCUUUCCCAAGCAUAGAGCCGAAAAAGCCCUCGCAGCGACCGGAAACCGGGGCGUCCAGCUAGCAUCGGAUUGGUUGCUCGCACACGUAAAUGAUCCCUUCCUGGACGAGUGUGCACCGCGCGAAUACAUACUGUACGCUUGCCCGACCGGGCCAUUUCUACAGCAGCUGGAAAACUUUUGGGCCCAAUCGCGUGAAACCUGUGGCUGGAACGGUGCCCACAACUUUACGCCACACAUUACGCUGGUUUCAUUUUUCAAAGCACCGGACGAAUGUGCACCACAGCUGUCGAAAGCACUCAAGGAGCUAAUGAAUCUGCCCGGGGCCCGUAUCGAUCGGCCGAUUGGGCUGGAGCUGUACACAAGCCCAAACUUUAUGGGCUUCUUUGUGGCGGAGGAUGAUGCCAACUAUCUCAAGCGGCUGGCACUGCAAUACGUGAAAGAAGUGUCCCAUUCAAUAAUUAGUGACACCUAUGAGCAGCUAGAUGCAUUGGUAACCUGUUUCCCAUGGUGCGGCGGAGUAACGUCAGCUCGUUGUAUACCGCGUAGCAGUCGAUCCAUAUCGCUAGAACCCCACGUAAAGUCACUUCAUCUCACGCUGGCCUACCAAUUCCCACCCGGCCAGUUUAACGCACUGAAAGCGUUGGUUGAAAAUUUGGACGCAUCCUGUACCGACGCCAACUGGGAGCUACGCUUGUACUCGCGCGAUCCACGGCUGGUUUCGCGCCAAGUGCACAAAGUCCUUUACCCACAUACACCACGCGAAACGGACGAGCUAGAGCUACGGAUCGGUGACUACAUCUAUCUCAAUCCGGAAGCGAUACAGGCCUCGUCGGACGGUUGGGUCGAGGGUAUGUCGUGGCUAACCGGGACCACCGGCUAUCUGCCGGAAAACUAUACUGAACGGACGGCCGAAUCGGACGCGUGGACGAUGCACCGUACCGUGCCACUGUGUGAUGCAAGGAUAGCGGUUGAGAUGGCGGACAUGGUAGAUGGUAGUGUGCAGGAGGUGGUAGGUUCGUCAAGUGUGCUGCAGGAGGCACACGAUGCGGUAGCAUCCUCACCUGUGCUAGUGUCUACCGUAGGUCAGAGUGAAUCACAGCCAGACUCGGUGCUGGCAGCACCGGACAGUACACCUCCUGCAGCGGAACAACAAACGGCAGACGAGCAGAGCAUCAUCACUGGCAAGAUGUUGGGCGGCGGAACCACCACCAAAUCGCUCGAUGACAUUCCGCUGGAAAAGCUGCACGAGCUAGUAAAAAAGCGCAUCAACAUGCAGGUAAUUCCGGGAGAUGAAGGUGCAGUGCAGUCGCAGACGGUGUCGAAAAUGGAAUCCGGUACACGGAAGGUAUAUCUGAUGCGUCACGGUGAGCGUAUCGAUUUUACGUUCGGUACAUGGGUUCCCUACUGUUUUGACGAGGCAGGAAAUUACAUCCGAAAGGACCUGAACAUGCCGAAAACGUUACCCAAACGCAAACCAAGCCUCUGGCAGCGGGACUCACCACUCACGAACGUUGGCCGCUAUCAGGCACUGCUCGUGGGCGAAGGUAUGAAGGAUGCAGGCGUUCGCAUCGAAAAGGUGUACUGUUCACCCUCGUUUCGCUGCAUCCAGACGGCCACUUCAGUGUUGGAGGGGCUGGGAUUAAAAGACACCCUGCCGAUCUGCAUCGAGCCGGGACUGUUCGAGUGGCUUGCCUGGUAUCAGGACGGAUUGCCGGAGUGGCUUUCGUGUGAGGAAUUGAUUGCGGCCGACUAUAAUAUUGCGACCGACUAUAAGCCCAUGACAACGGCGGAUGAUUUGAAGGAACAUUUUCACGAGAAGCUGGGCGAAUUUUACUGCCGCAAUUCAGAGAUUGCAGAAUCAAUCAUCAAAAGCACGGAAGGAAACAUACUGAUCGUUGGGCACGCGACAACGCUCGACACGUGCUCCCGGUUCAUCACCGGGGAAAAGAUACGUUCCACCAACGAUAUGGGCAGAAUUAUGCAAAAAGUUUCCUACUGCAGCCUGGCCGUGAUGGAGUCGGACGGUACGAUGGUCGGCGGUGAACUCGACACGACAGAAAGCACCAUUAAGGGCCACUGGAAGCUGACUGUUCCGCCGUGCGAUCCAAUGACGCACACUAACAACAAUCGCUUUGAUCACAAAAUUCUAUUGGAUUAG